AUGGCGGACGACGCCCAGCAUGAGCAUACCUUCGAGAGCGCCGAUGCCGGUGCUUCUACCACCUAUCCUAUGCAGUGCUCUGCGCUCCGCAAGAACGGAUUCGUCGUCAUUAAGAGCCGCCCCUGCAAGAUCGUCGAAAUGAGCACUUCCAAGACCGGCAAGCACGGUCACGCGAAGGUUCAUCUCGUUGCAAUUGACAUAUUCACUGGCAAGAAGCUCGAAGACCUUUGCCCCUCCACUCACAACAUGGACGUCCCUAACGUCCAGCGCAAGGAAUACCAGCUUCUGGAUGUCACUGACGAUAAUUUCCUUUCUCUCAUGUCUGACGACGGCACUACCAAAGAUGAUGUCAAGGUUCCUGAUGGAGAGGUUGGUGACAAGAUCGAGAAGCUCUUCCGCACCGAAGAAAAAGACACGAACGUCAUUGUUCUUACUUCCAUGGGCGAGGAGGUGGCUAUUGAAGCGAAGGAAGCCCCGAAGGCCGCUUGA